CACGUGACCCGCAAGCGGGAAAAUCUGAGCACUUAUAAACACCGACAAGAAGUGGCGGGAAUUUUAUUACCCCUACACUCAAACCCUCACUCUCACACCGCUCCAUCUCACUCUCUUCUCCGAUCCCAACUCUCCAAUGAACAAAUCCAACUCACGCAAGCGUCCGGCGGCGCCUCCGUCACAACCACCACCGUCAAAGCAUGCAGCGUCCCAGGAAGAAGAGUUCAUGGACGAAGACGUCUUCCUCGACGAAAACCUAAUUUCCGAAGACGAAGAAUCCGCAAUUCUCCGUGACAUAGAACAACGCCAAGCCCUAGCUUCUCGUCUUGCUAAGUGGAAUCGUCCUCCUCUCUCUCAGGAGUAUCUCUCUCAAUCUUGUAGCGUUCUUUUUCAGCAGUUGGAGAUUGAUUAUGUGAUUGGAGAGAGUCGCAAAGAGUUUACACCAAAAAUAUCUGGACCUGCUGCUAUAAUUCGAAUAUUCGGGGUAACGAAGGAAGGACACAGUGUUUGCGGCAAGGUUCACGGGUUUCAACCAUAUUUCUACAUCAACUGCCCACCUGGAAUGAGACUAGAAGAUCUCUCCAGUUUUCAGAAAGUACUCGAGGCAAGGAUGAGAGAAGCCAAUAGAAACAGCAACGUACAAGGAAACUACGUUCGUGAUGUUGUCUUUGUGCAGAAAAAGAGCAUUAUGUACUAUCAGCAAACAGAUUUACAUCCCUUUAUCAAAAUUACGGUUGCACUCCCAACAAUGGUUGCUAGCUGCCGUGGUAUUCUUGAUAGAGGUAUUCAGAUUGAUGGUCUUGGCAUGAAAAGUUUCAUGACUUAUGAAAGCAAUGUACUUUUUGCUCUUCGUUUCAUGAUUGAUUGCAACAUAGUUGGUGGAAAUUGGAUUGAAAUUCCUGCUGGCAAAUAUAAAAAGACAACGAAAAGCUUGUCUUACUGCCAGUUAGAGUUUGAUUGCUUGUAUUCCGAUUUGAUUAGUCAUGCUCCAGAAGGGGAAUAUUCAAGGAUGGCUCCGUUUCGCAUUUUGAGUUUUGACAUUGAAUGUGCCGGUCGCAAAGGUCACUUCCCUGAACCUACCCAUGAUCCCGUGAUUCAGAUUGCUAAUCUGGUAACUCUACAAGGAGAGGACCAGCCAUUAAUUCGUAACGUGAUGACCCUUAACUCAUGUUCCCCUAUUGUUGGUGUUGAUGUGAUGUCAUUUGAUACAGAAGGAGAAGUCCUGCUAGCUUGGAGGGAUUUCAUCCGUGAAGUGGACCCUGAUAUUAUUAUUGGAUAUAACAUUUGCAAAUUCGACUUGCCGUAUCUUAUUGAGAGAGCUGCGACCCUAAAGAUAGCAGAAUUUCCAAUUCUGGGCCGUAUCAGGAACAGUAGAGUUCGUGUAAAAGAUACAACUUUUUCAUCAAGGCAGUAUGGGAUCAGGGAAAGCAAAGAAGUUACCGUAGAAGGGCGAGUCCAAUUUGAUCUGCUCCAGGUUAUGCAAAGAGACUACAAGUUAAGUUCGUAUUCAUUGAAUUCUGUGUCGGCACAUUUCCUUUCCGAGCAGAAGGAGGAUGUUCAUCAUUCAAUUAUAUCUGAUCUUCAGAAUGGAAAUGCAGAAACUAGAAGGCGCCUUGCUGUGUAUUGCUUGAAGGAUGCAUACCUCCCCCAACGACUUUUGGAUAAGUUGAUGUUCGUUUACAAUUAUGUGGAAAUGGCUCGUGUAACAGGUGUCCCAAUUUCCUUUCUACUUUCCAGGGGCCAGAGCAUCAAGGUGCUUUCUCAACUUCUUAGGAAGGCAAAACAAAAGAAUCUGGUCAUUCCUAAUGCCAAGCAGGCAGGCUCAGAACAAGGAACAUUUGAAGGUGCCACUGUAUUAGAGGCAAGGGCUGGAUUUUAUGAAAAGCCAAUUGCUACUUUGGAUUUUGCUUCCUUGUAUCCGUCUAUUAUGAUGGCAUAUAAUUUAUGUUAUUGCACACUGGUGACCCCUGAAAAUGCUCGCAUGCUCAACAUCCCCCUGGAGUCAAUGAACAAAACGCCAUCUGGUGAAACAUUUGUUAAAUCAAAUUUACAGAAAGGCAUACUUCCUGAAAUACUUGAAGAGCUAUUAGCAGCCCGUAAAAGGGCAAAAGCAGACUUAAAGGAGGCAAAGGAUCCCCUUGAGAAGGCUGUUCUAGAUGGCAGGCAGUUGGCUCUGAAGAUUAGUGCAAAUUCUGUAUAUGGGUUUACAGGGGCUUCUAUUGGUCAGUUACCUUGCCUAGAGAUAUCAUCAAGUGUAACGAGCUAUGGUCGACAAAUGAUUGAGCACACUAAAAAGCUUGUGGAAGAAAAGUUUACAAGACUUAAUGGAUAUGACAACAAUGCUGAGGUAAUAUACGGAGACACAGAUUCAGUCAUGGUACAAUUUGGUGUUUCUACUGUAAAAGAUGCUAUGGAUUUGGGGAAAGAAGCUGCUGAACAUAUUAGCGGAACUUUCACAAAACCUAUCAAACUAGAAUUUGAGAAGGUUUACUGUCCAUAUCUCCUGAUUAGCAAGAAGAGAUAUGCUGGUUUGUUUUGGACAAAAGAGGAUAGUCAUGACAAAAUGGACACUAAAGGUAUUGAAACAGUUCGAAGAGACAAUUGCUUGUUGGUUAAAAACUUGGUAAAUGACUGCCUUCACAAAAUACUGAUUGAGAAGAACAUUCCUGCGGCAGUUCAGCAUGUCAAGAAUGCAAUUUCAGAUCUUCUCAUGAACCGUAUGGAUUUAUCACUUCUGGUUAUUACGAAGGGUUUGACAAAGACAGGAGAUGACUAUGAAGUAAAGACAGCUCAUGUUGAACUCGCUGAAAGGAUGCGCAAGCGAGAUGCUGCUACUGCUCCAAAUGUUGGAGACAGAGUACCUUAUGUUAUUAUUAAAGCUGCCAAAGGUGCCAAGGCCUAUGAGAGAUCAGAGGAUCCUAUCUAUGUGCUAGAGAACAACAUACCCAUAGAUCCUCAGUACUAUCUUGAGAAUCAAAUUAGCAAGCCAAUUCUAAGAAUUUUUGAGCCAAUUCUAAAGAAUGCUAGCAAGGAACUUCUCCAUGGAAGCCACACAAGAUCUAUUUCUAUUUCUACUCCGUCAAACAGCGGUAUAAUGAAAUUUGCCAAGAAGCAGUAUACUUGCAUUGGUUGCAAAGCUUUACUUAGUACUGGAAUUAGCACUCUCUGCAUACAUUGCAAAGGAAGGGAAGCUGAACUGUACUGUAAAACUGUUGCUCAAGUGUCGGAUCUAGAGGUACUUUUUGGGAGGUUGUGGACACAGUGUCAGGAGUGCCAAGGUUCACUUCAUCAGGAUGUUCUCUGCACAAGUCGAGAUUGUCCAAUUUUUUAUCGACGCAAAAAGGCACAGAAAGAUAUGGCUGAAGCAAGGUUGCAAUUGGAUAGAUGGAGCUUUUGAGGCUUUUCUAGGCAUCUUUAAAUUCCACAAGUUAUGCAGACGGAGUCCUACGACCUGCUCAUGUGACCGUAUUCGUCUCUCCUUCAUGUAUCAAAUGGCUGAUUUUUUUUGGCACGGUAGAUGUAAGAGAAGCCACUGAAGAAGAGGAGUGGUAUUGUAGAUUUAAGAUUUUGUUUUUGGAGUAGAUUUAGGAUUUUAGUAAUUAGGACACUAGAAAGACUGUUCUGUAGUUUCGAAAUUUGUUUGCAAUAAAUUUGUAAUCUAAAUAGUUAAAUAUGUUAACUAUAGAUUUCUUUUAAAAAAAAAUUGUUAACUAUA